AUGACAUCGUUGCUGCAACGGCCCGGGAUAGGUACAGCCUUCGUUGCCGUAGCCUUGCUGGCAGUGGGAAGCUUUUGCUCCGUGGUGGCCUUGUCGUGCAUGUGGUGGCAGGGUGCUGUGGGGGCCACCGCAUUUGCCGGAAUGGCUUCUGCGCAGGGUGGUUUAGGCCUGUGGAAGUUCGUUGGGCGCUCCGACGUCCUUGGUGUCAGCCUGCCCUCCGCAUCCAUCAGCUUGGACUCGUCCGUGUUGUGUGGUGGCGACUUCCAAGUACAGAUCCAGGAAGAGGUCUGCUCCGGUAUUCAUACAACACGUGGGUUUGUGAAUGCGGCUGUUUGCUGUUCAAUCGUCGCAACCCUGGCCGCCUUGAUCUCCGUCCUGGCACUGUUGAACUGCGGUGGUGCACUUGACCCUUCACUCGGAGCAAGGCUCUUGCUGCCGUGCAGUGGUCUGGCCACUGCUGCAGCUGGGCUAAUGAUUGCCGCAAUGAUCAUGGGAGCAGUUGCGGGACAUGGCAUGGGCUUGGGCGACUUUGGCACCUUGAGCUAUGCAAUGGGUGCCGGCGUCUACGGUGCGAUCUUCCAAAUUAUCACUGUGCUACUUGGAGCUGCUCUGGCCGCCUCGGCCCGGAGCAGCCUCAGCUGGAAGAGCUUGCCACACGCAGAUGCAGAGGCUGAGCCUCGCGUGUAA